AUGGCAGACUCUUCAUUUGUGCCAGGUUUUCUGGCAACGUGGCACAGCUUUCGAGUUCCUAUCAUCGUCUCGCUAGCAGUCUUCUUUAUUUUUGUACGGUUUUUCGGUACUAAACGGUCAAAGAGCCCACUAUCUUCGUCACUUCCUCCCUCCCCGCGUCUUGAAUCUGCCAUUCCCAAGGAGAAACCCGUCGCUCCUAUACUCGAUCAAAAGUCAGUUACCGAGGUCAAGUCAACGCCAAAAUCCGUCGCACCCGGCCCUAAGAGAGUUGUGGGCAAUAAAGGUCGCCGUGGAGGAAAAGAUACACAGAAAGCCGGUGAAUUAAACGGACCGUCAUACAUCAAACCAGUCAUAUUCUUCGCUUCGUUGACCGCAUCCACCCAGACACAUGCGCGCUGGCUUUCAGAAGAAUUGCGUACAGCGGCGCAAGAGAAAUCACCCGGAAAAGAUGAAGAAUGGGGCCUUCUUCCUCCAGAAAUCUACGACCUGGCCGAAGUUGAUUUUGACGAUCACUUCGUCACUGCACCCAAGCCACCAGCAAACUCUCCAAAUACGAGAUACGUCUACUGUUUCUUGAUCCCAACCUACAAUAUUGAUACCAUCAUUGACACAUUCAUUGCUCAUUUGGAUGAGACCCAUAAUGACUUUCGUAUUGAUACUGCGCCAUUGUCGAGCUUGGCUGGAUACUCUGUAUUUGGAUUUGGUGACAAGGAGGGUUGGCCCUCGGAAGAAGAAGGGUUCUGCUCUCAGGCCAAGGAAAUAGACCGCUGGAUGGCCAAGCUCACUGCCAAGAGGCGUGCAUACCCUCUCGGUAUGGGCGAUACGAAGACUGAUGCACUCGAUUGCUUGAAAGAUUGGACGAACGGGUUGGCUGAUAUUCUGCUCGAAGUAGCACAGACUGGUGGCUUAGGCGAAGGUGUUGCUGGUAGUGGCGACCCAUUGGAAAGUGAUGAAGAGUCUGCAGCAGAAGAUGAAGAUGAAUCAUCGAACAAGAAAACGCAGACGGUAGUUGACUUGGAAGAUAUCAACUUCGGGGCCAGGGCAAAGAAAAGCAAAGGCGACCCGAUACCUGUUGACUUUACGACAGUAUCCAAAGUUCAGACAAGCCCGACAACUUUGAAAGAAAUGGUACCAUCUACGUCACCAACCUACGCAUCGCUCACGAAACAAGGCUACACAAUCGUUGGGUCUCACUCUGGAGUCAAAAUCUGUCGUUGGACCAAAUCAGCACUACGAGGACGGGGCUCAUGCUACAAGUACUCUUUCUACGGAACAACGUGGCGAUGGAAAGUCGACCCUCCGGAAAUGAUCUUCAACGGCGUCAAAGAAGGGCAUUACAAAAAGAUCAAAAUGUUAAAGGGCAUUCCUGGUGUUCGUGCAGAACGAUUUGCCGAAGCUAUGCGGAUUCGACACUGCGCUUUGAGUUUGGUUGGGGAACCCAUCUUCUAUCCCCAUAUUAAUGAAUUCCUCGGUAUGCUUCACAACGAACAGAUAUCGAGCUUUUUGGUAUGCAACGCACAGCACCCAGAUCAAUUAGCCACUCUUCAUCGCGUCACUCAAUUAUACGUAUCUAUCGACGCGAGCAAUCGUGAAAGUCUGCGAAGAAUUGAUCGUCCUCUACACCGUGAUUUCUGGGAGCGCUUCCAGCGUUGUCUCGAUAUUCUCCGCGAGAAAAGACAUGUUCAACGUACUGUCUUCCGCUUAACACUUGUCAAAGGUUUCAACAUCGAUGACGAGGUCAAAGAGUACGCCGACCUUGUUGAGAAAGGAUUGCCGUGUUUUAUCGAAGUCAAGGGCGUCACAUACUGCGGCACAAGUUCCAGCGCAGGUGUAGGUCUCACGAUGAAGAAUGUUCCGUUUUAUGAGGAGGUUGUCGCAUUUGUGCUCGCAUUGAACGACGAGCUCGAAAGACGAGGGUUGGGAUACGGAAUUGGAGCAGAGCACGCUCAUAGUUGUUGUAUUCUACUGGCCUCUGACAGGUUCAAAGUUGAUGGCAAAUGGCAUACGAGAAUCGAUUACGAUCGAUUCUUUGAGUUGCUAGAGAAGGAAAAAUCGGAAGGUAUCUCAUUCCGCCCCGAAGAUUAUAUGAGAGAAACCGAGGAAUGGGCUCUCUGGGGCAAUGGAGGCUUCGAUCCGAAUGAUCAACGUGUUCGAAAGGUUCGAAACAAAAAACCGAAGAAUGACCAAUCGGCUGAGUAG